UUGCGGAUUCUGUUCCUCUAAGGCGCCAGAUUUUGAUCUCAAGGAUGGUGAGUGCCUGGGUGAAAGAUCUGGUGGAUCAGUAUGAAAGGGCAUUGCCUCAAGCAGAUCCCCGUUCAAGAAACUGGCUGUUGCUGUGCAACUCACCAAUCCCAGUAUGGGUGCUGACGGCGGUAUACCUGGGCUUUGUGGCAAUUGGCCCACGGGUGAUGAAGGACAGACAACCUCUGAAAAUGUCCACCUUUUUAGUGGUCUAUAACCUUGGCCUUGUUUUCUUGUCUGUCUACAUGUUUGUUGAGAUAAUACUGAGUGCCUAUGAUGCAGGGUAUGACUUCUUCUGUGCCAAGUACAACAAAGACUCCUGGACCAACCCAAGAGAAACGAGGGUGGCUCGUGUCCUGUGGUGGUAUUUCUUCUCCAAGGCCAUCGAGCUGCUGGACACUGUGCUAAUGAUCCUGAGGAAGAAGAAUAACCAGGUGACGUUCCUGCACGUGUUUCAUCACGCCUCCAUGCUCAACAUCUGGUGGUGGGUGAUGAUGUUCAUUCCAGGGGGACUGUCUUAUUUUGGCAGUUGUUUGAACUGCCUUGUACAUGUUGCAAUGUACACAUACUAUGGCCUCUCAGCCAUUCCUUCACUCCGGGAAAAACUCUGGUGGAAAAAAUAUAUAACAAAGUUUCAACUUAUACAGUUUGUGAUAACUUUUUCACACACAGCCUACUCUCUAACCCUCUCCUGUGAUUUCCCGCGCUGGGGGCAGUACCUUCUCUCUAGCUACAUGGUUGCCAUGGUUAUACUGUUCGGGAAUUUCUACAUCCAGACAUAUAGACGCUCAAGGAGACUUGCACACAAAGACAGUAAAUCCACCAUGAACAAUGGCAACACCCCAGCAGCCAAUGGAAUCAAGGAGCACAAGAAUGGUGGCAGCCAUCUUAAAGGAGACACCAAUGGGUACCUUCGUAACAGAGUGAAGGAGCAGUGAUCGAUGAUGGUGUGUCUUGGUGAACAAAUGUCCAUUUGUAGGCUGUUUUACUUCAACUCGGUGUUACACUCUCCCCCUCUCUUGUGAUUGGGACAUAAUUUAUGCUAAGUUGCAUGAAGUGCUAUUAGUUUUGAGUCUUGUAGCUGUUUGUUUCGUUGUUUUGUCUUCUCUCUUGUUGCUUUGUUUGAUAAUUGUUGUGGUGUGUGAUAGUAUGGUUUCAUACUAUGUGGUGGUAA